GGGAGGGAGAAAGGGAGGGAGAUGAGGAAGACGGUCCGAUAACCCAUCCCUUUCGGAAGGCAGCACUUGUCCAUUUCUGCUGGCGCGCUGCAAGGCAUUCGCUGUUGCUGCUGCUGCUGCUGCUGCUGCUGCUGCAGCAGCUAGGACUGCAUCCUCUGCCUCGACUCCUAGCGUGUGUGUGUGUAUGUGUGUAUGCUUGUGUGUAUGUGUAUGUGUGUGUGUUUUGCAGGUGUGUCAGUUUUAAUUCUGCCCAGUAGGUGGGACUUGGUGACUUUAGCACCAUUUUUUUUUUGCCUCCCCAUCUUCUGUUGCAAUCCUCACAAGUAUCAGAGUCAGAGAGAGCGGCUUGAUUACCAACCUGGAAUCAACAAGGCAGCAAAGGAGACCUAUCCACCAUGCAUUUCAGACCACUACUGUAGGGGAAUUACCGCUUAUCUUUUCCGUGGCCACGAUGGUUCCAUCAGCUGGAGGAUUUUGCAUCUGAUCACUCGGCGUUCCAAAGGCAGAGUCCCCCCUCCCCCUCCCUUCCCCCCUCCCUCACUGUCUUUGUUUCCUUCCCCCCUUCUCCCCCCACCCCACCCCCCUCUCCUCUUCUCCUCCUCCUCCUCCUCCUCUUUUUUAGAAGCAGCAAUCGGAGAUGGAUGUCUCUCUUUGCCCUACCAAGUGCAGUUUCUGGAGGAUUUUUUUGCUGGGAAGCUUCUGGCUGGACUAUCUGGGUUCGGUGCUGGCUUGCCCUGCGAACUGUGUCUGCAGUAAGACAGAGAUCAAUUGCAAGAAUCCCGAUGAUGGGAAUCUCUUCCCCCUCUUGGAAGGACAGGAUUCAGGGAACAGCAAUGGCAACGCCAGCAUCAACAUCACGGACAUCUCAAGGAAUAUCACUUCCAUACACAUAGAAAACUGGCGGAGCUUGCAUACGCUCAAUGCAGUGGACAUGGAGCUCUAUACUGGACUUCAAAAGCUGACUAUUAAGAACUCAGGACUUCGGAACAUCCAGCCUAGAGCAUUUGCCAAGAAUCCUCACUUACGCUACAUAAAUCUCUCCAGCAACCGGCUCACCACGCUGUCAUGGCAACUCUUCCAGACAUUGAGUCUCCGUGAACUGAGAUUAGAGCAAAAUUUCUUCAACUGCAGCUGUGACAUCCGCUGGAUGCAGCUGUGGCAAGAGCAGGGUGAGGCCAAACUGAACAGUCAGAAUCUCUUCUGCAUCAGCACAGAUGGCUCUCGAAUUCCCCUGCAGCGUAUGAACAUCACCCAGUGUGACCUACCUGAGAUUAGUGUAAGCCACAUCAACCUGACUGUACGAGAAGGUGAGAAUGCUGUCAUUACCUGUAAUGGCUCUGGCUCCCCCCUGCCUGAUGUAGACUGGACUGUCACAGGACUGCAGUCCAUCAAUACCCACCAGACAAACCUUAACUGGACCAAUGUUCAUGCCAUCAACUUGACCCUGGUCAACGUCACCAGUGAAGACAAUGGCUUCACCUUGACCUGCAUUGCUGAGAAUGUGGUGGGCAUGAGUAAUGCUAGUGUGGCACUCACCGUUUACUAUCCUCCACGUGUGAUGAGCCUGGAGGAACCUGAACUGCGGCUGGAGCAUUGCAUCGAGUUUGUGGUCCGGGGGAACCCACCCCCUACCCUGCACUGGCUGCACAAUGGGCAGCCAUUGAGGGAGUCUAAGAUCAUUCGGGUGGAAUACUACCAAGAGGGUGAGGUCUCUGAAGGCUGCCUUCUCUUCAAUAAGCCCACCCACUAUAACAAUGGCAACUACACCCUUAUUGCCAAAAACCAGCUGGGCACAGCCAAUCAGACCAUCAAGGGUCACUUCCUCAAGGAGCCCUUUCCAGAGAGUACGGAUAACUUUGUCUCAAUCUAUGAAGUGAGCCCCACACCUCCUAUCACCGUGACCCACAAACCAGAGGAGGACACUUUUGGGGUGUCCAUAGCUGUUGGACUUGCAGCUUUUGCCUGUGUCCUCUUGGUGGUUCUCUUUAUCAUGAUCAACAAAUAUGGCCGACGGUCCAAGUUUGGAAUGAAAGGUCCGGUGGCUGUAAUCAGUGGUGAGGAGGAUUCAGCUAGCCCGCUACACCAUAUAAACCAUGGAAUCACCACACCCUCGUCGCUGGACGCCGGGCCGGACACAGUGGUGAUUGGCAUGACUCGAAUCCCUGUCAUUGAGAACCCUCAGUACUUCCGACAGGGACAUAACUGCCACAAACCGGACACAUAUGUCCAGCACAUUAAGAGGAGAGACAUUGUGUUGAAGAGAGAACUGGGUGAAGGAGCUUUUGGGAAGGUAUUUCUGGCAGAAUGCUACAACCUCAGUCCAACCAAGGACAAGAUGCUGGUGGCAGUGAAGGCUUUGAAAGAUCCUACCCUGGCUGCCCGUAAGGAUUUCCAGAGAGAGGCAGAGCUGCUCACCAAUCUGCAGCAUGAGCACAUUGUCAAGUUCUAUGGAGUAUGUGGAGAUGGUGAUCCCCUCAUCAUGGUCUUUGAGUACAUGAAGCAUGGAGAUCUCAACAAAUUCCUCAGGGCUCAUGGCCCCGAUGCUAUGAUCUUGGUGGAUGGGCAACCACGCCAGGCCAAAGGAGAGCUGGGGCUGUCCCAGAUGCUACACAUUGCCAGCCAGAUUGCCUCUGGGAUGGUGUAUCUUGCCUCACAGCAUUUUGUCCAUCGGGAUUUGGCUACCAGGAACUGUUUAGUUGGAGCCAACCUAUUGGUGAAGAUUGGAGACUUUGGGAUGUCAAGAGAUGUCUACAGCACUGACUACUAUAGGGAAGGGCCAAGCCGGAAGGGGCAAUUCAGCACAACGUGGCAGCGGCAGAGGCUAGCAGCACCAGCAGCUACAACAGUGGGAGGUCAUACCAUGCUACCAAUUCGUUGGAUGCCCCCAGAAAGCAUCAUGUACAGGAAGUUUACUACAGAGAGUGAUGUCUGGAGUUUUGGGGUGAUUCUCUGGGAGAUCUUCACCUAUGGAAAACAGCCUUGGUUUCAGCUCUCAAACACAGAGGUCAUUGAAUGUAUUACUCAAGGUCGUGUCUUGGAGAGGCCCCGAGUCUGCCCCAAGGAAGUCUAUGACAUCAUGUUGGGAUGUUGGCAAAGGGAACCCCAGCAGAGGCUCAAUAUCAAGGAAAUCUACAAAAUUCUUCAUGCUCUGGGGAAGGCCACCCCAAUUUACCUGGACAUCCUUGGAUAGUGGUCAAAAAUUCCUUCUUUCUCCCUUCCCUACUUCUUUCCUUCCUGCUCUAUUUCUCCCAUUUCUUUCCUCCCUGACCGAAGCAAACAUCUUCAUAUAAACUCAAGUGCCUGCUACACAUACAACACUGAAAAAAAAAAAACCAACAAAACCCGACAACCUGUAAGGCAGUUUGGCAUGUACAUAUAUGUGUGUGUGUGUGUAUAUAUAUAUAUAUAUGUAUAUAUAUAUAUAUAUACAUAUAUUUGCAGAGAUACCUUCCACACCAAUUCAGAGAGAAGCUGCUGUUACAGAAAGUUAUAAGACUUUAACAACAACAAUAGAAACAUAGAAAACCUUAAAAGUAUUAAAAAAGAAUGAAAAACCCUUUAACUAAAGCUGUGGCCCCAGCAACUGACCCCUGCUGUGUUCUUCUUCUGCUCUAACUGUUCAGAGCUGAAGACCCUUGACAAUGCAGAGAGACAAUCUUCUUGUUGGGAUGGGAAGCAAAGAAGUGGGGUGAGAGUCAUGCUGCUCAUGUAUGAUAUGCACUGAAGAUCUGAAUAGGCUCCUGGGGUAGAUGGCUCCUCCCAGGUCUGGAGAGAGAUCGACAUCAGAGGAGUGUCCUCUGGAAACUAAACUCAUCCAGUUUCUUUCCUAAUCCCCUUCUCUAAUCCCACUUUCCACUCCAAUGCUACCCUGCCCCUUUCUCUUUUCCUGUUUCAGGACAAUUUUCUAAUUCAGUGAUUCUUAAACAUAAACUUGAUGUUUUGGGAACAUACAAUCAUGGUACCUACGGGUAAACAAACAGAAACCAACAACAGAACACAAAACCAUGGCAGCAGCAAGAGGAGACUUUGGUGUUGGCUGGGCUCAAAUUCUUUGCUGGACUUGGAAGGGGGUUUGUCAUCUGUCCUCUUAAGGAUUCCCUCGCCUUAAAGAACCAUGGGAAAGACUGGUUUAAACCAUACACCCCCAACCUGGAAAUGCCAUUGUCCACCCCUCCCUUAGAGCAAACAGCUUUCACUUCCCCAUCCUUCCUGUUAAGGUCCCUGGAGAGAUGUUGGGGGUGGAGAAGACAAGCUCCUCCAUAUUGUCCCAUUUAUGUGGGUCUUAGAGGCUGCAGUUUUCAAUCAGAACAAGUCUUAGUUCCUUGUAGGUUAUACCCAGGUAUGUCUCCUUAGGAAUCUCCCUCUUUACUGUGUCUCCUCUCCUUUUCAUUGUAUUCUCCCUUUUCUAAUCUUCCCCCUCACCUCAUUAUUCAGAUACAUGCUGAAUCUCAAAGUGAGGAAAGAGGAGACAGGUCUUGAAAGGAGUUGGUGGUAUUUGCAGUCUCAAUCAGGGUGGGAAAGAACCCAUGGGGAAAAACCCAUUGGGCACCUGCACCCAGUCACUUUGCCAUUCUCUUCACGUUCCCAAGCCCCUGAAAGGAUUGAUGCAUCUGCCUUUGAGCUGUUGUGAAAAUGCAGAGGGUGAGGAAUAGCUUUUGUGGGCAGGGAGGGGGAGGGAAAGAGCUUUCUCUGGGAGACAUCCAAUGAGUGGCCACUGCAGCAGCCUUGGCAUCUUAAUGAGGACAGUGCUCUGACCAGUGAGAGAGAAUGAGUGGAGCCUGGAUAAGGGGAAGCAGCUCCUCCUCCACUGCCAGUGGAAUCAUUGCCUUCCUGGUAUCAUUGUGGGACUGACUACAGGCAGGAGAGGGAGCAGAAAAGAGUGCCUAUCAUGAUAGGAGAGAAUAAUGAUACUGUUCCCCAGUUCUUCCUAAAUCUCAGCUUAAUUCCCAGCCCAGAGCUACCUAGGAGACUGGGGGAAAUCAUGCCUCUGUAUAACUGGAGCCUCAGCCUUAGCACUGGGGAAACUUUUCCUUUCCUUCCUUUCUAAGAACACAUCUGUAGCACAUGGCAUCCUGUCAGCUGAUGGCAAUUGCUUCUAAUUUGGGGGAAUAUGGGAAACCCCUGUGUAGGAACCAGGACAAAUUGUUUUAUUCAAAUAGAAAAUUGCUGUUUGAAGAUGAUGGAGAAUGGAAUUGGGGCUGCUCAGCGGGACUUGAAAACAGAAGAGUAUAGCCCAGAAUUUGGUCUGGUUUCUGAUUACUAUGGUGUGACCAGAAAGCCCUUGAAGAUGGUUGGAGAGUUUCCAUAGAUGAAUGGGGGCAAAAUCCCAUCUUGUAAAAAGAAUACUUUGCUGUUUUAUCCUAUUUGCCUGACUGUUCUUCUCUGCCCUUGGGAACCUGCCUAAACUCUGGACUCUAAUUGCCCAACAGAAGAAUGCAAUAUUGUUUUUGUUCUUUAGUUUUUGUUUCUUUUGGGAAAUGAGGAGAUUAUUCAUGGAAAGGGGUGUAGGGGAUGGGUGGAGAGGGAAGUGGAAGGAAAGUUCUCUUCCAGAAAGCCAGUGGUAUUUGCAGGUGAAAAUCAUAUGCCCCUCUUAAUGAGCAUUUCCCAACAGAUAUUUUGGCCUCUCUUUUCUUAUUUAUGUCAUUCUUGAGACCUCACGUUGACCAAUGAAUGAGUAUGAGAGCAAGGGAUCAAGAGUGAAGAGACUCUGAAUCUUUGCUUUUGGAUCUGGUCAAGAAGACAAAGGGGUUUUAAUAUGAGUAAUCUCUGGUCUAAUGAAAGAAUGCUUUUCUUUCAGGGUUGUAGAGCCCUGAGUGUGAAAUUAAAAUGAUUAGCUGAUCCUAUUCUUCCUUUUAAACUGCUUUAUUGCAGUUGGAGGAUGGGAAUGGAAAUGGAUGAGGAUGGGCAAAAGGUCAGAAUCUGCUCCUGUCUUUGGACUUUGCUACCUACUAUUAGUUCUGAGGGGCAUCUGAAUGAGUUGUUCAUUUUACCUGUUGAGAUACUCUUGGGAACAACUGAACAAUGUCCUCGUAUUAGGGUUGAAGAGAAGAAAAGAGAGGAGAAACAAUUCCUAGGACUUUGUAAAAUGUCAGGGAAUUAUCUUGGUACUACCAGGGAAAAACCCAGAAGAUUAGAAGAUUAGCCAACAAGAAAUAAAAGUGGUAAGUCAUUGAACCUCUCUGGGCCUCAGUCCCCUAACUAUAAAAUGAAGUCAUUGGGCUUAUUGAUCUCUUAAGAGCUGCUCCAGAUCAGAGAUGCUAUGCUAGGAUCAAAUACUGUUUGUUCUCCUUUCCCUUAUGCUUCUUCUUUCCUGGGUUUCUCUUGCCUUAGUCAAACUCUGCAAUGUUUUCCCCUGUAAGUAUAAAUUGAGAUUAUACAUAUUUUAAAACUAGAUAUCUCUCACGCAGUCCCAGCCUCCCUGCCAUCAUUAAAGAGAUGGCAUCCCCCCCAUAUACUUUUUUAAGGACCCAAUUCAAUUCUGUGACAAUGUUGGUUAGUCGUGGACUUCAUAAUUUGCCCUCUACUGGAAUUUGUCUCUCUUUGAAAUUCUUAAGAAUCAGGAGCUAGUCUCUGCUGAUUUACCUCUGUCAGUGUCCCUUUUAAAAGACCAAGAAAUGACUUUCAUGUUGGGAGCUCCUAUGAAGCUAUUUCCUCUUGGAGACAGCUUCUUUGACUUUAUAAACCUUCUAUAUCUGGGAUAUGCCCUGAGCCCCUCCCUGUAAUUACAUGCUUUGGCCACAGAGUGGAGUUUAGAGGUAAUCCCUAAUCCCAUUUCUAGUCAAUGGAAUAAAGCUCUUAGUGCUUUCUUCAUUCAGUCGGCCAUAUACAAGUUGUCUCUUGAAACAGGCCUCACACAAGAAAAGAGGAAGUUCUCUGGGGGAAUCAGCCUCUAGAACAAAAAUGAGUCCACUUAGAGAACAAAGGACAUACAUUAUUCAGGAUACAAAGUUCAGAAGUGUGAUAGUAGGAUUGAAUGCAAAUGGCUGGAGGAUUGGAGUCAAGGCUUUCCCAUCAAUUACUUGUGAUUUCCACAAGGGAGUAAAUCACAUCCUUUUCUAUGGUCUCAGUUUCCUUUUCUGUAAAAUGAAAGAAAUUGGACUAGACACAUUCUAAGAUCCUUCUCAACUCUGAAACUCCAUGAUUAAAAAAACUGAGCACUAUUCGUGUCAGAGGGCAGCAGUAUCAUGUUUUAUUGUUUCUUUCUGAUAGAAAAGGAAAAAAAAUAGCUGAAAUUUGGCACUUUACUUUUUUGGGGGGGAGGAGGAGAAGGGAGGCCAGAAUAAGAAAGUUGUGAAUAAGCAUAAUAGCCACAUAUUUUUGAUAGCACUUAAAACUUUCCCUACCUCUUCUCCCAGGAUUUUAAGAGAGCCCCUUCUCCCUAAGGACUUUGUGAGCUAGGAAGUACAAACACCAUUCUUUCAUCCAUUUUACAGAUAAGGAAACUGAGGCCCAGGAAGAUUUAACUAAGGUAACUCAGGUAAUAAGGGGCAGAGAUGAAAAUCAAACUUGUAUCCUCUAAUACCAUAUUUUCUUCCCUUUCCCACUGUACCACACUUUUAAGGGGUCUAGGAGUCAGGUAGGAUAGAUAGGGCAGAUAACUGACUUUAAGGUGUAAUGGCAGAAUGGAUAGGGCCCAUUGGCAACUCUUCUGUGCUUAGCAACCAUUCCCACAAUAGGCAUACACAUACACAGAAUCUAGAGUAAGUUUAGACAAUAUAAAGUCUUCAGUUAUUGGACCUAUCUAUUUUGAUCCCUAAUUUUCUAUUCCAAGGUUCAGAAUCUUUAAGAAUAGGCAAGUAGGGGAGAGUACAAGGAGUGCCACAGACUUUGGGGGUGGCAAAAGGAGCCUUAUAUGAGGCUACAAUGUUCCCUGAGAGCCCUUCCUGUUUUAAGAAUUCACUAUUUUAAUGUAGACUAGUAUCUGUUUUAUUAUUUUUCUGGCAAUGCAGCUUUUGAGGCAAUGUUUAGAUUUCUUGAACAUUGAGUAUAGCAGUCCUGACAGACUUAACUACUCUCACAUAUCUCUUAAACUGAAGGUAGUCAAACCACUGGCAACUUUGUUUGGGCACCAGUCUUUCAACCUGAGGGCCUACCUGCAUGACUGUAUUUGCCACUUCUAUAAUUCUAUUUUCUACCCUAUUCCUUCUGGCUCAAAGUUUAGUAUGUAAAGAAUCUUCUUGGCUUUGGCCCUGUGAGCCCUGUGGCUUGGUUUAUUGAAGCUUUACUUCUCUCUUCUGCAUUUAGUGAAGUGGUUCCUCCUACAAGAAUUUUAAAGGGAAACUCCCUUUGUGGAAGUAGGUGGUUUUCAUACUUAUUCUCUGAAAUGCUGCGAUAUUGGAACAGAUUUUAGAAAAAUACCACCUGUUAAAAACUUCCAGAUAAUAGACAGAUAUUAAAGACUAUAUGUUAUCUUGCCAUAAGUGAAGGCUGUUUUGUAAUAUGAUUUAGCUAAGACUUAUCUUCUUUACUAAGGUGAAGGAGGGGCAGGAGGAACUAAUUUAAUUAGUUUAUUGGUCACCAGAUGGGAAAAGCAGAACUAAAAAGGGCCAGGAAAUCUCAGCCUAGUGUAGAAUAGAAAGAAGUCUAUCAUUUUGCAGAGUGUGGCUGAUUGUUCAGUGCACCCUGAUCAUUGAAUAGCAGACAUCCUAAAAACAACCUCAAAAAGCAUCCUCCUCUGAUUGUUCAUCCAUUUUCUUAUCUCACCAGGUUAUUUAUCAUCUGCCUCACUCCUCCCAUUGUGAAUAUGAUAGUAGCAGGUGUUAUUCCAAGACACCCCAAGGCUUUUAGCCACAAGAAGAAUUAGGAGAUAGAGUAGUGAAAUAAUGAUUAUUCUUUCUGAAAUUUAAGGAUGGAAAUUCACUGUAAACAAAGAUGGAGGUGGUAAAUAUUGAUACAAUUGCUAAGGAGUUAUAAUUAAUCACUGUAAGAUUUUUUUUUAGCAUAUACCCCAUCUGGGAGGAUGUGAUCUUGUUUCAGAGAUAUUUUCUUUGCCUGUUUUGAGGCUUAUUCCCCUUGCCUGCCUAGAACACUUCUUUCCAUUUGAGAAAGAAGUAUCUCUGUUCUAGCCACUCCCCUCCCCCAAUUCCGGUGUAGUGAGAUAGGAACCUUUUCCCUUCAGAAAGAGCUCUUUUGGUGAAAGAGGAAUGAAUGUCAAUAACAUUAAGAAUCUCAAAAGCAGCCUUAUUUGAGGAACAGAAGUGGGGAACAAACAAAACACCUCUGAGAAAGCAUUAUCUAUGCCUCCUUUUCUUCCUUUCCUUCUCUACCCUCAUCAAUGAUACUUGAGGAAAUCAGUUUCCCAUUCACUUAUUUUCAUUUUAAUAGAUAGUCUUCUGAAUGAUGUUUGAACCCCAGCUUAAAGAGAUAUAACUGUGGGUGUGUUUCAAGAUGACAGCAGAGAAAUAUCUUAAAUCAUUGAGCUUUGCCAUUCUUUCAAUUCAACAGAAGCUGGGUCAGGGUGGUGUCUUCUUUUCAAUUGCUUUUUCUCCAAUGAUAGUGUCCCCAGUUCAUAAUUUGAAGCAGCCAAGGAGGACAAAGAGUGAAAGAGAGGUCAACAGAAAGCGCUUCCGCAGAGUAUCAUUCUGCGUACAAAUCCACCUCUACCUUUCUUCUCUUGCCUUAGAAAACCUUAGUAACUUUGCCAUUUCUUCUAAAAGAUCAAAGUGACUGGUCAAAGAAAAGAUACCUACUUUAUUUCCCCAAAUUCUUAAAGGUUGUAGCCCACUAAAUCUUAAUCAGAAUUUAUUUAGUUAGGUCCAUCUGAAAUAGAAACCAUGGAAGAGGUUCCUAGAGUCAACAAAUAGAGCAUUAAACUAGUAAAAUUACUCAUUCCUUAGAGGUUAUCUUGUAGAAAAUAGGAAAUAAGUUCCUUAAGACAACUAUGGCCUCAGAGGUCUCCUUUCUCUGGUGAUUGUCCAUUUUAUGCUGUUGUUGAAGCAGGAAUAGCAUUUUGAGGUGGUGCCUCUAGAACAACUGAGGCCAACUGAACAAAGAAAUCUGUCCCAGAUGAUUUGAUUUUUGUGGUUGAAAGUAAAAGAUAUUUUUUCUUUCCCUUACUUUCCCCCCCCCCCUUUUGUUCCCAUCCUCUUGCCUCUGUGGGACUGACAAACAAACUUCUCAAAAUAAAUGUAAGUUUUAAUGGGAGGUGAAUCCCAGGACCACAAACAGUUUGGACUUCAAACAAUGAGAAAAUUGAUGCUGAAUGAUUCAGCACACAAAGCAGAAAACUUUCAUUUCCUUCAGGCAGGGUGGAAUUGACUGUUAUAUUAAGACUUCAGAAGGAGCACUGCCCUAGAGUAAUUUCAGUGCUGUCAGACAAUGUUGACAUCUAGAUUAACCUCUGUGCAGUGAAUUUUACAGCAAAGCUCAUUGCGAUUCCUGGGUUAUAUCUCCUAUAAAUCCCAUCUGGGACCCUUGGUGACCCAUGCUGGGCUCCUCCUCUUUUACCUUCCCCACCCACUGAUGCCCUUGUCCUUGAACUACCAAACUACAGGGCCACUGGAGUCAAGGUUGGAGAGCCAGUCCCAGGAGUAGGAAUCUUGACCUUCUAUGACCAUCAUGCUGAGCCAGACUUUCUGCUCAGUUAGAGUGAUGAUUCCAAGGAAGCACAAAUCAUGGGAUGAAAGUCACUCUGCUGAUGACAAACAGUUUGCACUCCUUAUCCAGAUGCUGGGAAGAAUCAUGAUUUCAAAAGAAUUGGUUACAAUUCAAAAGAAUUGUAAGUCACCGAGUUCUUUCUACUCUGGGAUCAGAAAUGCUCCAUCUUAGACAGGUUCUGAAUGCAACAGGUUGGUUUCUGAAGCUAACAUUUUGUGAGCCAUUUUGUAUGUAUAUCUUUUGUCACAGGCCAUGAAAGCUGAUGGAUUUGAGUUAACAGCCUUUCUUUCUAAAAUCCUACCUUUUUCUCAUGGCAAGAAAUAGCACCCAGAUCUCUUUUCCUCUUGGUUAAAAGUGAAUCUCUGAGCAGUAGAUGGACUAAGAACAGUAAAACUUUUAUGAAAGCAGCUAGUGAUUGUCCAUUGUCAUCAUCACUACUGAAUUUCUACAUUUGCUACAUUUGAAAUGAAUACAAUGGCCCCUAAAGCAAGGGGCUAAAACCUUUGUGGACACUUGGAAUAACCUGGAAAAUUCAGAAGGGACUUGAGUCUGGGUUCCUAAUCACCCUUCAAUUCUAAUAUCCUCUAAACACACACACACACACACACACACACACACACACACACGCGCACACACACACACACACAUGCUGAAAUCUUUGUAAAGUAACCUCAGUAUUUUAGACUACAACAACCAUCACUGGAAUCCUAGGAACCAUGACUCCAUUGUGUAUCCAAUCUGAUUCUCCUUUAAAAAGUUACCCCAUUUCCCCCUCUCCCUUUAGGUAUAAGAAUUUCCAUUAAUAUCUCUGUUAGGGGAGAAUCUAAUACCUAAGGAAGAUACUUCCAAGGAAGGAUAUUUCAUUUUUAGAGAAAAAAAAAUAAUGUGACGUGUCUAAUAUAUAAAAGUUAAGUCUAGUGACCACAUACGAAAAGUAAUUAGUAUCAUAUUAUAUUUCAAAUGCCCGAGCAUUUUGUUCAGCAAACAUGCAUUCUUUUUCCUAUUGCAUUAUCAAUGCUUAUGAGAUGUCACAUACAUAUAUGCAUGGCUCCAAACUCAUGUGGCUUAUGUUAACAGUUUUAUGGCUAUGGUGCACAUAUAUGUAGAGUAUUUGCUGACUUAUUACCAAUUUUUCUUAUCCUUAUAACAUGAAACCUUUGGACAUGUACUACUAUUUCACACCUCUUUUCCCCCUAUGGUUAGUUGCCUUUUAAGGGACACUGAAUCCUCAAUUUCUCAGCACCCCUCACUUACAGAUUUGUCUGAUGUUUUAAGGAAAUCUCAAGAAGGAAUCUGAUAACAUUUUUUGGGAAAAAAAACAACAGACUUAGACAGGAGAUCUGGGAUGUGGUCUUGCCUCCAAAACUGUAUAGUUCUCUGUCCUCAAGCAAGCCACCAAUCCUUUUUGGGCCUCAGUUUCCUCAUAUCCAAAAUGAAUGGGUUGGACUAGAUGAUCAGUCAGGUCCCUUCUAAUUUUAAUAUUCUGUGAUUCUAUGGGUUACCACUUUUCAUGGGAUAUCUUUUCAUCUAGUCAAUAUUAUAAAUCAUCAGGGAUGGCAUCUAAAACAGGUAAAUUAGAAACUCUCAACCAAGUUCCAUUACUUAAAGAAAUAUUUAUUUCAAGCAGAAUCACAAGGCAAAAUAAAUCACCUUGUGAAACUGACUCAAAUCAGCAAUUUAGAUUACAUAUGUCUAAAACUAUUCAUCUUGAAUACCAAAAUAUUCAUCACACUUUAGUUGAGCUAAUAUUCAAUUUAGUUCAAGGCUCUUCAAUAGAAUACUAUUGGGCACACACCAUGACUGUCUUUUACUGAGCAGUAGAGGGAAAGACUCUGGAACUGUACCAAGCUUCUAACUUAUUUUCCACCCAGUUUCAGAGAUGGCAUCUAGAGAAAUUCCACUGCUUCACCAGGGAUUGAUAGUUCUAUUUGGUCCCUUGCAAAAGGUUGGUGGUAGGAAGUGCUAAUUUAAGCAAGUCGCCUUUUAUGAUCAAGGUGAUAAUGAGGCAAAAGGCUGAAUUUUUAUUUUUCAGCACCAUAAAGUAAGUAUUUAUGUCUUUACCAUGACACUUCUCUAUAUCUUGUCUAGGUCUUUUUCCAUUAUGAAUUUGUGUUAUUUUAAAUUAUUGGAAGCCAAAGGUAAGUCCAAAUGACAUGAUCCUCAAUAAUUAGAACAUCUCUGUCCUUUUUUUUAUACAUUAUGACAAAAUUCUUCAUAUUAUCACCUUUCUCAUGUCACCUAAUUUUUAAAUCACUUCUCUUUUAGGCAUAGUGAGUUCAGUAAAUGGGUGCUGUGCCAGCAAUGGGGAGAUCCAUUCUUUACAUUGUUAUAAUUUAAAUCAGAGCCCAUGGAACAUAAAUUUUUUUCUGUUUAUAAGUUCCAUUUGAAAAGAACUUCAAAGAUUAUAAAGCACUAUCCAUGUAUCAUCUUUUUUGAUCCUCAUAAAAACCCUCUGAAAUAGGUGCUAUUGUAAUACCCAUUUAUAGAAGAGAAAACUGAAGCCAAGAGCGCUUCAGUGACUUGCCCAGAGUCAAAUAACUACUAAGGGUCUGAGACACGAUUUGAUCCUAGAUUUUUCACAUGUUCAAGACCAGUGCCCUGUGCUACUUUGUUUCAUUACAUAACAACCUCAGUUUGUAUACUUAAAGAGGGGUAAGAGCUAUGUCCUAGACAGAGUCAGAUUUCACCACCCUGAAGCACCAAGACAUAGGAUGAUGUUUGAUAUGUAUCCCAGUGCCUUCCAAUUUCAUAUUUCAUUGAAUGAAAAUUUGGGUUGUCUUGGGGACUUCCUAACUCCCAAAUCUACCAUCCUCCCUUUCAUUGUGUCAUGAAAAUAUCACCCAAAUAGGAAGAAUCAGUAGGGAAUUCUUUUUGAAAUGCCCUAUCCAAACUUUCUUAGAGUUCACAUUUUGUUUUAGUCUUUAGGACAAUGAGAUGAUUUUAUUCUCAUCAGGCAGAUAACAUGUGGACAGGGACUAGGACAAUAGAUCUAUUAAAAUAGCAUACUUUUUCUGAAGUCCACUGUAUCUUUCUAUUUUAGUUAUAUGCCUAGAGUUGCAUUCAACUGCAUAUUUCUUUUCCCUGCAACAUUCAACCUGUUCCUCUGAUGUUUAAUGAAGAAGAUGAAGAAUGCUAAACCAAAUAUUAGGGUUUUUUCUUGUCACCUGUAGAGUUAGAUGAAUGUCCCACAUUCUCAAGGAAUGGAAGAACUACAUGACAGGAUAUGAUUCACCUCAUUAGUGGAGUGAUUGUUGCAGUAGUAUGCAGAUUUGUGGAAGGCAUCAGCAUCUCAUAAAAGAUGACCUUUUAAAAAAUUAAAUAACCAAUCCUGAUUGUGACAGCAUCAAUGAGGUGAUUAAGCCAGUCUGCUGCAGGCUGUUAAUAUGCUCCUUGUCUUGGAAACACAAAGGUAGAAAGGGUGACCUGAGGUCAUCUAAGUCUGCAUCUAGCUACCUAAGCAAUCCAAAAUGAUAUAUAUUAUUCCUAUCCCUUUUCUCAAGGACAAUAAUCACACAUGGAUAGCUAAUCAACUAUCUAGCUACUUUUAUCAUUAGAAAGUUCUUCAUAUAUAGCCUUAAUCUCUUAUUUGUAACAUUUUAAAUAUUAGCUCUUGUGUAAAUCUAACAUUAUUCUUCUCCAAUCCAUCUUAAUAUUUCUAGGGAUGACAUAUGAUACUGAAUUUCUUGAUUUUUUCUAUUUCCCCCUCAGUUUCUUAGGAAGGACCUCAUCUCUAUCUGUGAAGGUUUUAUUACUCCCUGGUAAAAUAAUGCUAUUCAAUUGGCUUUCUCAAAAAUGAGAAAUGAAGAGGCUUUUUUGCAUGAUAUUAUAAUCCUGCCAUUUUGUUGUGCUAAGGUUGGAGGUAUAUCUUCACUCAAACAUCUAGAUAGUUUUAAAUAUUUUCAUUGUUGAUCAUUCUGUUUCUUAAGGGCAUGUCACUAUUGUCCAUUCAAAGAUAAAUGGGGCCUUAAAAGAGAGACAUGCUAAAAGCUUUGAUUGUUAAAAUGUUUCACUGAAGGAAAGUAGUUGGCACACCUUAUUUCUAUGUUUAGAAGUUUGAGCACAUAUUCAGAGUUAGUACUGUUUUACUGUUUUUAAACCAUUGUCCACUAUCGUCUCUUUUAUGUGAUGUUUUCCUUUGGUUUAGUGCAUAGUAAAAUUUUGUGCAUCUUACUGGCAAAUAGAUACUUUUUUCAGAUAGUUGUUUAAAAAUUAUGGGAGCCAGGAAGUGCAAGUCACUGCUAUUUCCAAAGGAAUAUGGGGAAAUUACAUUAAACUAAAAGAUUUCCUCCUUUACAAACUGUAAAAAAGCUCAAAUUGCCCAAUUCAUUAAUAAUCUUGUGUGAGUGCACUUCACAUUGACAGGUACAUAGUUGGAAAUUAAAUAAUCAAAAAUAAUUUCUUCUAAAAAAACUGAUGCCAAAUGUCUAGGCUGCAAAGAUGACAUCAUUAAUGAAUGACCUUUGAGGAAUCCAAUGUGUCUGCAAUGUCAUUGAGUAUUUUUUUUUUGAAACAAUCCCAAGUUAUGACUACAUUGCAAAUACAAACUUAUCUUGUAGUGAAAGGGGGGUUGGGGAAUCCUAUAUGUUCAGAUGCAAUCAAACAGAUUAGCUCUUAUGGGUUAUAGCAGGAAUUGGAUCAUUUACUUUUCUAGAGAGAAAGCAGUUCACUGAUUUAAUUAAGUUCUGUGUGAUCUGAGUUUCAUAUCCUUUUAGACCUCUGACAUCCCUUCUAACUGUGAGAUACUGACCUUUGUUCAUUUUAUGUAGAAAAAUAACACCUAGAUCUCAAAGGUUUGUAGGUUAUUUUCUCAAUUAGUCCACUAGAAAGAAAACAUCAUAGUCCUUUGAAAAAAAAAAGAAUCCAAAUUGAAUUAGAAUUAAGAUUUUUUUCAAAUAUUAGUGUGAAAUUUGAGGAUCUCAGCCAACUCAGAAAGAUGUUUUAUAAUUCAUUCUGUAAAUUUUGAGGAGAUAACCUCUUUCAAAAUAUAGUAAAGGCCUGCCUAGGACAAUCGGCUUCAGUGUACGAUUUCCUAGCAACAAGACUGAUUAUUUAGAGAUUUCAGUGGUAUCAUUGGAGAAAUAACUCAGAGGUUAUGGCAAAUGUGAGAUAAUAUUUUAACAGGAACAAAAAGAACUUGUUUUGACACUUUUUUUUCUUACUCUGGAUGAGAGUUUAGCAUUUCUUGGAGGCCAGCAGGCUGUUCCAUUUGCAAAGCCAAAUAAGAUUGAUUUGAGUUAGUAGUACAAAACAACUGCUCACUCAAGCCAGUGAAGAUGGAGGUAAUCAUCAAUGACAUAUAUACCCUGCUGCUAUUGCACUGUAGUGUCGAGGUGUUUGCAUGAUUAAUUCUAUGUCUUAGAAGAGGAACUGUUGUAGGCAAAGUUUCAGAAUGAAAAAAAAGGAAGUAACUUGGAAGAGGACAGUUCUCAUUUUGUGAGAAAACCCAAAGAUAAUUGGUUCCCUGCCAGAACUUGGAAUAGUCAGUUAAUGGAAAAAUUGUCUUCAUUCUCAUGAUUUUUUUUUUGCUUUUUCCAGAUUUUUGGUGGGGAAGAGAAGGAAGGUGAACAGCUGAAUGAAAAUGGAGUUGUUUAUAAUUCUAGAGCAUGAUAAAGUUCAGUUCAGUUUCUUAGAAAUGUGACUAUUGAAUUAGGUCUGAAGAGGUAAAAAAAACAACUAUGAAUCAUUUUGUGUAAAUUUCCUCCAAAAUAUCUCUUGCUAAAACAUGUCAUAGUGAUCUAAAUCAGUUCUAUCAUUGACAUUUUGUACAAUUGUUCUGAGGGGAAGGAUGCAAAAUAUUUGCUAAAAUCUAAAAAUGCAAAAUACUUGCUUUAAAUCAGGGAAUAAAUGAAUAGAGAACUGAGUGGAGAGAUUGUUUUGAUGACCUAUAUAAACAUCAAAAUCUUGCCUACUUUAGUCCAUGGGGGAAACAUGGCUUUUUCAUGAGAAUUUCCUGACACUUCUGAGACUAGUUUUUUUUUUCCCCUGAACUAUUAUAAAAAGUGGACAUUAAAAUACAUGUCUCAAGGUUUCCCACCAAGAGUCAGAGCCUGCUGACAAUUUUCUAUUUGAUAAGUUAGACUUUUCCAUUCCAUAGUGAUGAAUUCUACUUAUGGAUCAUGGCUAUUUGUGUUCAGGACCAGGGACAGCAAUCUUCCUUCUUGAAAUACUGGCUGUUUUCUAUCCAGGUCUUACUAGCACUUAGAGAGCAGGCUUCUUUUCACACUUCUAACCCUCUGCAGAUGCAAAUGGGAGGCUUUGUCUUUAAGCUAUGGUAUUCAUCACCUGGCAAUUCACAUCUUUUCUUUUUCUCCCAAUGUGUUUCUAUCACACUGCCACAGUCCUUCUUGCUUGGGAAAAUAAUACCCAAAGACAGGCAGAAAUCAUUCUUUGGCACUCUUUGGAGGACCCAACUAACUUGUAAACCACAAACUUAGGAAAUGAUAUUAGUGUAGACUGAUAUUUGUAAAUGUGUGUUUUUUCUUUCCUACAUUUUUUUUCACAAGGUAAAAGUAUACUUUGGAAACAAAAUUAAUUUGGACACAUUAUUAUGGGAUCUGAAGUCAAUAGAACAAGCAGAAAAAAUACUAAAAGCAGGUGAGACAAAAGGUAGAGACUACAAGAAAAGCAAGAAGUCAAGUAGAGUACUAUUAUGUUGGUAACUAUACACAUUAAAAAAUGUUUGUGAGGAAAUCAGAGGGUUGUUGUUUUGAAUCUAGUUAGUUAAGUCCUUUCCUAAGUGAGAUUUUCUCUUUAUGAAAUCAAAAUGAUUAUACCUGCCUUUCCUACAACAACAUUCUGGUUAGCUAUUUUGAAAAAAGUAAGAUCAGCUAAGGCUUUCUAUAUGUUAUCUCUUUAGUUGGGGACUGUCCAAUCAUUCUAAUGCAAAGGAAUAAAUAGAUGUCACCUUAGAACCUACAUUAGCUUCCCCUGAUGAAUUUGUAAAUGCAGCAUGUGGAAUUUUCCUUAAUUCCUAUCAGUGUGGCUUCUCUGUAUGGAAGGGGAGAGAGUUGGCUCAGAUUUCAUCUUAAAUGCCAUCUUCUCCACAGCUGCUAAAUACAUUUCAAUGAAAUUGUCUUUUAAUUCUGUAAAGAACUGAACUCUCUCCCUCUCUCCCCUCUGUCUCCUUCUGCAAUUCCUUUUGUUUUUCUUCAAGAUACUAUUCUUAAUGGAUCCCAGUAGAGUAACUGCAGUAUUUUGAGAUGUUAAGAUAGUCCUUUUUAGGUAACUCUCCUAUUAGGGAUCAUUAGAAAGAAAAAGUGGGCAACAGCUUUAAAAUAAAAGUGAACUGAUGCCAUUUAUAAUUGUGAACUUUGGAUUAAGUUUGCAGUCCUGGGUUAAAGUUACCAUUUUUUCACUAUCUCCUAGUAUUUUGGAUGAACUUAGAUCCAAAUCAGAUUUUCCCAUAGGAAAAUGUUUGCAUAUAUGUAUGUGUGCAGUGUGGAGGAUCUGGGAAUGGUUAUGGAACUCUCUAAUAUCUUUUUGGUUAGGUGAGGUUCUUGUAUUUAAAGGUAGGAACAACUAUAAGUCUUUGGCAAAAGCAUAUACAUACAGUUUUGAUUGUCAGAAAAUUAGAGAUGAUGGUAAGUCUAGGAGAAGAAAAAUUGUUAUAGGAUAAAGAGGGAAAUUGUCAACUGGCUAGUAGUGGGGUUUAAAAAACAGGUGGUAGAUGGGGUUUCAAGGUCAACUGGGAAUGAUAAUGACAACCUUUGAAAUCCAGAAGGGAUAAUGGUAGAAGUUUCAGGAAGGAGUAGGUUGGAGAAUAAAGGCUUCCAAAAACAUACAUUCAGUGUUUGGAAAAGCUCUAAAGCUUCUAGGGCUCUUCUAGACCUCUGAUCCUUUAUAGGUCAGCUAAGUACUGCUUUCAGGUUCCCUAUGGCAAAUACCUUACAAACACCAAAGUCUCAAUUUUUUCACUGUCAGUUGGAAUUAGCUGCCAUGAGUGUGUGUGUUUUUCCCUUUUCCCCCUAUGUGAAAGGGACUCAUUUUCAGGAGAAGUGUCCUUUAAAAACCCAGCUAAACCUGGAGGUAAUUAUUUGCAUGAGUAGCUUUUUACAGAUAGGCUUAACACAGAACAAAAACUUGUGUUAAACUAAGUGCUACUUUACAUAUCUUAUUUCAGAAGAAAUGAAGGAUUUAUUGCCAUGUAAAUGAUGUACACUGAUUUGUUUCUUACUGGACAUUACAUGUCCUUUCUCUUUAUUCAAACAUUGUGCAGAAAUGUUUCAGUAUCCGAAGAAUCAGCUGGUACCUGCUUCAGUGCACUAGGAGAUUAGUAUGUACUCAAAAAGCAAUUUUGGGAAUGAAGUUUAGGUGCUGUUAAAAUGAACACUUCCAAGGUUUCUGUCAUAAAUAUAUUUUAAGGCAAUUAUAUCUGUUUGCAUCUGACUGCGUGUGUGUGUAUGUAUUUGGUAUGUAUGUAUGUACAUGAAUGUUUUCAAUGUUUGUAGAAUUUAUUGGUCUUUGAAGGCAUCAUUUGCAUUAAGAAACUUAUCAAGAAAUGAUUUUUGAAAGGUAUGUACAUGAGUGUGUAUGUAUAUAUGUAUGCAUGUGUGAGUGUGUGUAUAUGUGCUUGAAACCAACUCAAACCCACCUGCACAUAAAUACACUCAAAACACAAGUUGGCUUCAAUAAAAGUUGAGCAAUGUUUACAUUGUUGUAUGACUUUGGUUAAGAGAUCUUUUGGCAGCAUAGGUAGCAUUAGUGAUGAAGAAUACUCAACUGGAUUUUACAUGAUUUAUUUUCAUCUCAAAUAAUAUUCCCAAAUUCUUAUGUAGGAUCAGAAAUUAUUCUUCUAUGUUCUUUCCAAUUCUCUGAAAAGCUAAGAUCUUGUCUCUUUCCCAUCCUUUGGAUUCCAAAGUAGCUUAUUUCAAAUUCAAGAUUGAGAUUUUUUAGUAAAAAAUGUGUUUCCUGCCUCUUCCUUGAGGUUAUGUUUCUUAAGCACUUUUCCUAUAAUGAGGAAGAAAACACUUGGAUAUGUCCUAUUCACCUGUAUAUUGGCCAUAUUUGGAGCAUCAAUUUUGUCAUAUGUAAAAUGCAUGAGCCAUCUGACAAUACAGUAAUGAUUGCAUUGGCCAUUGGAUAACAGGCUUAUGGUCCAGGUGCAACUGUUAUGUGAAGGUGGCCUUUAUGUGAGUAAAUAUAUUAAUAUUAUCUUGAUAAGAUACUCCUGGGGGCGGGGGGAAGUGCUCUACUUAGGUUAAGGGAUGUGUUGAAAAGGCCAUGUCCCACCUUUACUCCUUUUCCUAGCUCCCUUUCAUUCUCCCCAACCUCAAAAGAAAACAGAUAAUUAUUUUUUUAAAACUAUUAAUAAUUUAUGUUUAGUACAAAGGAUGAUUUAAUGGCAUCACCAAAGGUCAUUUAUUCCAUUAGACAUUUCCUUCUCUCUCUCUGCCCCCUUUAGUCAUCAACCCAUGAGACCAUCUGUCAUUCUCAUGCCCACCAACCGAAGGAGAUAUGUCCUCUUUGGGUUCUAUCAGAAUUGGAUUUAAAGGUGGGGGCAGUGAUUUAACAAAACAACACUAACAAAUACAAAACAUUCUUCACUUUCAAACAUUAAUUGCUGCAAAUGAAGGCAAACUCUUUUCUUGACUUUUGUUUAGAACACCUUUUAUACAUAUAUAUGUAUAUAUGUGUGUGUAUGUAUAGAUAUAUGUAUGUAUAUGCACAUGUACAUGUAUAUAUGUAUAUAUCCAUCUCAAAUAUAAAUAUAUCAUAUGUGAGAGUUGUAAAUAUUCCUUGGCCAUCUAUCUGUCUUCCUCAUAAGUAUCAUAUCUCCAGUGUUAUGUUAACAACUCCAUUUAUUGAUCGAUGAAAAUGUGUGUAAACCUGUAUCUUGCUGACAUAGUUUAUGUAGGGUCUCUUCUCAAAUAAAGUACAAAAAAAUGA